GAGAGAAAAAAAAUGGAAAGACAAAGGGAAAAAAUAAAAUGGAACAGAGGAAACGAGAACGAAGAAGAAAACGUCAUGUAAAAGUUAAAAAAAACAAUUUCUACAGAUCGAAGAAACGUCGUGAUAGAGUAGUACGAGAGGAGAACCGACACAGCGAGGUCGCCUGGUUUGCGGCGCGCACCGCAAUGAUAAAACCUCGGAGAACGACCACAGCGGCGCCAGCGUCGUAAGCGACGGUGAUAGGCGUGUCGUAAGGUCGGCGCACAGCUUUCCCGAUUGGUCAUCGUAUGAUAUUACGAUUGGUCGUUGACAAAAAAUGGGCGUGUCGAGUGAGGUCUCGAAACGGUGUGCGCGGCGCGGCUCGUUCGGCCUCGUUCGGCCUCGCCCACCAACGGGAGAGCUUUCCCGUGGGCCGAGCCCGUUGGGACUCGCUGGCACGCCGCUCGUGCCGGCCCUGACACAUUCGACAAGCGGCGCCGUAACGGGAAGCAACGCGCGGCUGGGGACCUCGCUUGGAAACGCACUCGAGCUGUUCUGCAGCGCGCGAGACGACGACAAGCACGACGACGUGAUCUCUUCUCUCGGACGUCAACUGCGAGAAAGAGAGAAGAUAACAACACCUACGCGUACUUGGAACGUAUAUACAUAUACACAUAACAUACACCUACACGUACAUAUAUACAUACACACAUAUAUAUACACAUAUAUACGUAUAUGUAUACACGCGAACACGGAACACUAGACGAUCCGAUCGUCGACUUGACUUCUCAGAACGAUCAUACGCGUUCCUCCUCGGUCGUUGUCGUUCGUUCUGAAGGCGACGAGGAAGACGACGAGGACGGCGAAACGGAGUAAGAGUCUCAGGAGCAUCGACGAGAAGAGGAAGAAAUAAGGAGAAAAAGAAGGAAGGAAGAAAACAUCGAGUGAGACGAGUAGUAACAGUGGUGUUUCUAACACGGACGAACGAAGAAGAUCGGCAAGAGACAGAAAAAGAGAGAGAGAGAAAGAGACGGACAGACAGACAGAGAGAGAGAGAGAGAGAGAGAGACAGAUAGCGAGAGAAAGAGAAAGUGAGUUUUCGCGGUAAUCGAGUGCUUUUUUGUGAAAGACACGUGAGGGAGUGCGCGAUCGAUCGUACUCUCGUGGGGGAGGGGGGGAGGUGCCAUCGCGCGCAGCCACGCGGUUUCCGUACUACUCUCUUCUAUCCAAGAGAACGAGAACGAGAACGAGAACGAGAACGAGAACAACAACAACAACAACUGCAACAACGAAAAGCAGAAGAAAGUAACGAGAAAUUGAAGGUGAACGGAGAGAGAAAGAGAUAUAGAGAUCGUCACGUGGGAAGGAUUGGCUAAGUAUCGAUGAACUUGACAAAGGAAUCGAUAAGAGGAAUCGUUUGGAAUUUGUCGAUCUUCGUGGGAGGAGGAUUAAAUAUCUAAGUAGUUAUUUCUCGUCGUUUAUUUUACGGUGAUUGAGAGAGUGAGAGAGAAUAGAAGAAGGAAGGCUGUUGCCGCAGGAGAUCCCUUACGGCUUCACAACGCGGUCCGACGAGUGGAGCGGUCUCCUGCCCAGCUCCACGAUCGUGGGUGCUGGGGGGUCGCCAUGGCUCGGCUUGGGUGCCGCCGGUGGCACCGGUGCCACCACCGGAGGCGGAAGUCCCGUCGAACUCGAGGGACACUGGGGACGGAAGCUCUACGGUGCGAGCGUUGCCCCACCACCCCCGCCACCUCAUCACCACCCACGCGCUCCUCUCGUUUUCGCGCCUCAGGACAUGAGGCAGAUACUCAAGGAGGAACCUGUGCCACGUGCCUGGCCUCAACCCGCCAUUGCCGAUAACGGAACGGUCGGCGUCGCGAAGGCGCAUUUCGAGAAACAACCACCGAGCAACCUGAGAAAGAGUAAUUUCUUUCAUUUCGUCAUAGCGCUUUACGAUCGACACGAUCAGCCGAUCGAGAUCGAAAGAACGUCGUUCAUGGGAUUCGUCGAGAAAGAUCAGGAAUCCGAGGGCCAAAAAACGAACAAUGGUAUCCAAUACAGUUUGCAUCUGCUUUAUUCGAACGGAGUGAGGCAGGUGCAAAACAUCUUCGUCAGGCUUAUCGACUCCGCGACUAAACAGGCGAUCAUGUACGAAGGACAAGACAAGAAUCCUGAAAUGUGUCGUGUCUUGCUGACGCACGAGGUAAUGUGCAGUCGGUGUUGCGACAAGAAGAGUUGCGGUAACAGAAACGAGACACCGAGCGAUCCAGUGAUCAUCGAUCGGUUCUUCCUCAAGUUCUUUCUCAAGUGCAACCAGAACUGCCUUAAGAAUGCCGGGAAUCCGCGUGACAUGAGACGAUUUCAGGUGAUCAUAUCGACGCAAGUCGGAGUGGAAGGUCCAUGGUUAGCGGUAUCCGAUAACAUGUUUGUCCACAACAAUAGUAAACACGGACGCAGAGCGAAACGAUUGGACCCCAGUGAUCCUGGCGAGUACAACAGUUUGUAUCAACCCAUACCACUUCAGACACCCUGCAUAAAGGCGAUAUCGCCGAACGAGGGUUGGACGACGGGAGGAUCAACCGUAAUAAUCAUAGGCGAGAACUUUUUUGACGGGCUUCAAGUCGUCUUCGGAUCUAUGUUGGUUUGGAGCGAGAUAAUUACUCCGAACGCGAUCAGGGUACAGACGCCCCAUAGAGAGAUACCGGGUGUUGUCGAAGUAACGCUUUCAUACAAAAGCAAACAAUUUUGUAAGGGAGCACCUGGCCGAUUCGUUUACGUUUCUUUAAACGAGCCAACGAUCGACUACGGUUUUCAAAGGUUACAAAAAUUAAUUCCACGACAUCCAGGCGACCCAGAAAAAUUGCCAAAAGAAAUAAUAUUGAAACGAGCAGCCGAUUUAGCGGAAGCACUGUACAGUAUGCCAAGGAGCGGAAACGCGGGUAUAGCGGGGGCGUCGAGGAGUCCAGGAGCGGGACACCCACCGGCGCCCCCGACUUCGAGUUCGGCGACAGCGUUCAACUCGUAUACAGGACAACUCGCCGUGACGGUGCAAGAGAACGGUAGUGCUACAAAGUGGACGGACGACGGUAGUUCCGUGACGACAGGAGCCGCGGCAGGUGGCGGAGGGGGCGGAGGGAGCGUAGGGGGCAGCGUAGGUGGUAGCGUCGGGGGUACGGCCGACGCUUACAGACAAAGCAGCAGCGCCAGUCCGCGAGGGGUUGUAACCGGUGGUGGUUAUUGCGGAAGUUCGGCUAGCACGCCGCAUAGCCACAGCACCAACGGCAGCUAUUCCGUUGCGAAUCCGUACACUGGAAGUCCGACUCUUUACACGUCGCGAUUAGGAGAGGUGGUCGGCUCGCCGUUCAACAUGAAUCCAUUUGUGUUGCCAACAUGCAGCCAGGGCUACUCGACCGCCGGCAGUCCGCUACUCUCGUCGAACGGCAAAUAGUGUUAUGAGAUGUAAGACUCCGAUGGAUGAAGGGGCUGGUGCCAUCAUGGGAAGAGGACUUUGCGUGCCGAGAGAUAAGGACGGAUCAAGCGCGAUGUCCCCUUUCCUAUUAACCUCCUCUAUUUCUAUUUCCUUUCUUCUCUCUUCUUCGCUCGCUAUUUCUCUCUUUCUGUCUCUUUCUGUGUCUCUCUCUCUCUCUCUUUCUCUCUCUCUCUCUCUCUCUUUCUCCUAUUCUCUCACAAACUACUUCCUUCUCGAGUGGACAAAUAACGAUAAACCAGUCGCGUACGAUUUCCGUCGUAAGAGUCGAAGGAUCUCUCGACGACGCAAGGAAUUCUAUGAUCGAAAAGAUUCUCGAGUUAUUUUAUUUUCAUUUUUAUUUAUUUAUUUUCCUUUUCUCCUUCUAUUUUUUCUUUUCACGGUCGAAAUAUAAUUAAUGAUGAAUCAUACAUAUCGUACAACGAGAUAUGGUGUCACAACGAUGGAAUAGCAUCGAUGGAAGCAGACAUUUGAUUUUACUUUGAACACUUGACUUUAAUGAAGCGACUACCUUGCCACUCUUCGAUUUCUCGUUUCUUUCUCGAUAUAUUUAUACAGUCUGGCAUAGUGUUGCAAUCGACAACGAACGUUAAUCGAUCAAAAAAUUUGUUGCAUUCGCAUAUAGAUGAGAGAUAUCUGACGAUACACGUAUAUCUAUGAAUGCAAACGUUUGAGAGAAAAAUGUGACACCAUUAGAAGGACAUAUCGCUUAGCGGUGGAGCAAACAGACUCGAUAGUUUUUAGUGAGCAUUUUCGAAUUGAAAAAAAUUUGAUCCUCCUAGUACCCUAUCCCAUGAUCCUUUUCCUUCACCCCAAUCCCCAAGCCCCAUCUCAUCUCUUCCUAUUACGCUCCAAACACCCACACACGCCUACGUUUUAAGAGACUAACCGACUUAUCUCGCCUAGAUAGAAUUGAUAUUUAACAUAUUGUAAUUUGUAAAUUAUCUGUAAAUAUUGUUGCGAUGUACAAAAAGACAAAACUAUUUGCGGGAGCUCGAGCGAGCGAGACGAUUAUUAAAGUGCGAUCGUAGAGGAAAAGUUAUAUAGGAUUGUAAAUAGUAUAUCGUAGAAAGAAAAAAAAAAAAAGAAAAAAAAAGGCCCGUAGCUUAUCCGUAUAAUUGUACUUACCAACGCCAUCCAAUUUUUUAACGAACCUUUCGGCGAUCGAACGCGAAAUUUGAUUUUCGCGUCUCGCUCUUCGAUCCUCGAACUCGAGCCAACUGAAUAAUUUCUUAUUACGAUCGUCUACGUUAUCUCGCUGUCUGUCCGUCUAAUCGAUCUAUUCAAAUUCGAUAAAGAGAAUAAAUAAAUAAAAAAAUAAAGAAAUAAAGAAAUAAAAAAGAAAAAAAAGAAAAAAUAUUAAUCCGGCUGAGACACGAGAACGUUGGAAAGUUGGAUCGAGCGCGAUCUAUAAUCGAAGUAACAGUCGAUAUCGAAUUCGUUUGAUAAGCCACCCAAAUUACGGGAAUACUCACACGAAUCACGAAGAAAGUAUACGAAGCCAUUAUAAAUCAACGAGAAAUGAAACUUUCGAUUAGCCCAGAUUUACCAGCACACUUCAACGAGCAUGAUGAAGCAUCGUAUCGUUUGUCUGAACGAGGCGUCGCCGUUGGAAUUAUUAUUGUAAAAAGUUCCUUUUUUGCAUAUCGACUUUAUGGAGCUCGCAGUUUCCUACGGUCAAAAGCCCAUGGAAACGCCUUAUAUCCUUAUCUGGGAAUAAACGGAACUCAGUCGUCUUGUGAUCUUAAUUAAUAAAAUAUCUAUAGUUCAGUUAUAUAAUUUUUAAUUCGAUCACGCACACAAUCACAUCUUAAGUAGGACGCGUCGUUCUUGUACGCAUGCGAAAAUGCGCGUGUAGACAUUCGAGCGUACGAGCACUCUCGUCGUUGUAUAUUAAAAUAAAUUAAACUUACAUUUUUGAGAAUUAAAAAGAUGGACCAUAUUGUAUUAGCGACGUCAUCAACCUAUCUUUCUCAUUCUUCUUUCAGAAAAAAGAGAGAUAAAAAAUCUCUCUCUCUCUCUCUCUCUUUCUCUUUCUUUCUUUCUAUCUAUCUAUCUAUCUAUUUAUCUAUCUAUCUAUCCAUCCAUCUAUCUAUCUACCUAUUUCUCUAUUCCUAUCUUUUUACAAUUAUCCACGAUACGCAUAGAUUAAAUUUUUAUCAUUUAUCGAUCAAUAUCUGACGUACAGUCGAGGAUCUACCCUUUUCUUCUCAAGAUUGCUAGUAAGUAUGCGUUUAAGAAUUUACAAACUUC